GAAAAGAAAAAAAAAAUGAAGACAGUGGGAAGAGUUUUGAUGGCUAUGUCAAAUCAUCCCGUCACGAUUGUUGUGAUGGUCCUUUUCUGGAUUUCAAACACCGUCGUCCGUGCAGCUUCUUUUUACGGGUCCAGCUACAUCGCUUUGCCGCUACAAGAGGCCCGUUCUGCGACCGACCUGAGCUUCCGAUUCCGGACGUCGAGAUCGGACGCUCUCCUUUUCUUAGCAGCCGGACGGACGGACUAUUGCCUGGUGGUGCUCCAAUCGGCGGCGUUGAAGGUGCGCAUCAACCUGGGAGCCGGCGAGGCGGAGGUGGCCACGCCGCGUGGCCUCCGACUCGAUGACUUGGCCUGGCACGACGUGCGCAUCCACCGCAAAGACGCCGAUUUCACGCUGACUGUCGACGGCCUUCACUCAUCCAAAUUGAAGUUGCCUGGUCGUUUCUACGAGCUCAACAUCCACUACGGCCUCUUCGUCGGUGGCUUGGGUGAUUUUCGCGAGAUCUUUCUCGGAUUGUGGGACAAUUUCCGGGGCUGUCUCAACGAUCUACACUACAACGGCGUCGACGUCUUGGCCAAAGCCAAAGAUCGCGAAAAGAGCGGCAGCGCAUCAUCCGCAUCGACGGCCGUUGUCCAGGUAGAGCACUCACAGACGGACGGAAACGCGGCCGCCUUCGCCGUCAGCUGGGAUUGCAGCGCCGAGUUUGACGCCACGUCGGAGAAGGAUAUGAGUUUCCUGUCUGCCGAUUCCUUCGUCUCCUUCGGCGGCACCGGCAUCGCCAAAACGGGAUCCGCCAUCCGGUUCCAGCUCAAGACGCAAAGUAGAGACUGCGUUUUGCUCUACAGCAGCGGACCGCCGGCCAAACCGGAUUUUGCGGCCGUCGAACUCGUCGAGGGACAUUUGCGGGUCAGUCUCGACGCUGGCGGCGGAAGCGCCGUCGAUCUCUUCAGCGACCAGGCCGUCAACGACGGACUUUGGCACCAGGUGGAGCUCCACUUGGCCGCCGGAACUGUCGAGCUGAAGAUCGACGGCCGGUCCAGCUCCAGCAGCAGCAGCAGCGGUCGUGAUUCGGGAUUUUUAACAUCGUCGCCGUCUAAUAAAUAUCUUGAACUGAGCGGACAAAUCUAUUUGGGUGGAGUCGAACCUGUCCGUCACGGAAGAGCUUUAGCACAAGGCGUGCGGACGGCCAAUAGCAGCCUACGCGGUUGCAUCCGCCGUUUGGAAUUGGACGGCCGUUUGUUAGGCUUACGCGAUGCCCGCGUGACACGCCAUGUUUCCGCCGACUGCCAAUGGCAUUAUCCUUGCAUUUCAAUCAACCCGACGCCUUGUGUCGACGGCGCCCAGUGCUUCCAGGAUGGCCUGGAUCAUUUCCGCUGCGAGUGUCCCAACCAGCCGUGCACCAAACCGGAAUUCAUCAACUACCGGGCGAGCGUCACCAGCAGCAGCAGCACGUCCGUCAUCACGGGACCGACUUCCGGAACCAGUUCCGACACACAACCGCCUGUCCUCAAUCUUUCUCCAGUUCAGGUGACGGAAGGAGGUUCGAUGACGUUGACGUCGCGUCACUUGCAAGUGCAGCUGGAUUAUGAAAAAUUCGGGGUCCGCGAAUCUGGUGUCAUGUUCCAUGUUGUCAGACCGCCACAGUACGGCCGUCUGUUUUCGACACUAUGGCGUCGGGCUGAUGAAGCCACUUUCACUUUACUGGACGUACAUAGUGAUCGAGUGCGUUACGUUCACGACGGGUCGGAGACGUUGCGCGAUUCCGCUUUACUCGAACUGGAACUCGCGCCAAGGCAAGGAUUCCUCCUGCCGGCUUAUUUGCAGAAAAGGCAGAGAUUCGUUCUUCAUUUGGCCGUCAGUCCAGUCAACGAUCCUCCAGAGCUUUCGCUGUCACCUGGGAAAGCUGUCCUCCGAUUGGUGAAACACACACGCAAAGCGCUGACACAAGAACUCCUAUCGGCUUUCGAUCCGGAUAAUCAGCCCAAAGAUCUCCUCUACUCUGUUCUGAAUUCCAAGAGCGACGGAGAUAUGGAAGGUUCUAUCGAGAACAAAAUUCAACCAGGUGUGGCGAUUAGCACCUUUACUCAAGAGGAUGUCAAUCAAGGAAGGAUCUGGUACGUUCAUCGAGGUUCACCUAAUGGAAGAUUGGCGUUGCGCGUGUCGGACGGAGCGGAGAGCGGACCGACGGCUGUGCUACGAAUCGCCGCGUUCGACCUGCAACUAUUCCUGGCCAACAACACGGGCCUUGUGGUGCCGGUUAACGGUUCAGCCGCACUGACAGCGGCUAAUCUAACGUUCAGCACCAACGCUCCUGACCAAGAGCUGGACAUUCGUUACGACAUUACCAGGCCGCCGCAACACGGGCAGAUUCAAGCGUGGAGAUCUGGCCGUUGGCAAUCGAUCAACUGGUUCAAUUCGGGCCAGUUGCAGCGUAAUGAACGCAUCCGUUACGUUCAUCUCCCGACUGGAUUUCAACCACCGGCUAGUCAAGAUGAUUUCCAAUUCUCUGUUUCUGUUGCUCUGGAAGUAGCGGAAGUCUUCCGCUCGCCCAUUAUGUACCAGUUCCGCUUCCAACUGCUGGAUGCCGUUUUACGUGAGGAAAAUAAUCGUGGCUUGAGCAUCGUCGGCGGAUCAACUCAGUCGGUUGCCAUCGGCAGCGCUCUGUUGAAAUUCGUAGUUGAACCUCAGUCCAACGCGGAAGAAGAAGUUGUUUACACUCUGAUGGAUCCGCCUCUUUACGGAUCGCUGUGGGUUCAAUCGCAAUCGAAUCCAUUGGACACGGGAUCCAAAUGGUCGCAGAGUGUCCUCAAUUCGCAGCGGCUUCAGUACCGGUUAGCGCGUCGCACGUUGUCAUCUUUGCGGGAUCACUUUAGUUUCCGCGUUACUUCAUCCGGACUGGCAUCGGAUUUGAAACGUUUCGAGAUAAACUACAACCCCGGAAAUGAUACGCCGACUGUCACAGCCACUAUCGGCGAGUUAUUGGUUAACGAAGGCGAAACUGCUGUGUUGCAGGUCAGCCUUUUGGGCUUCUCGAUCCCGUUGGCCAUCAAUUAUACUGUGCUGGAGAAACCAGCCUACGGCCAACUCAAUUUGCUGGACGUCGGUAAACGAUCCGUGAUGCGUAAAGACAUCAGCUGGUUUAGCUCGGACGAUCUAACUGAUCAGAGGAUCGUUUACACGCACGACGACAGCGAAUCCAUCACCGAUAAAUUCGUGUUUCUCGCCCGUCCGCGAGUCUCGCCAGAUGAUCCCUCCGAGGAUUUCCAAUACGUUGGCACGUUUCCCAUCCGUGCGCACAUGAAGAAUGAUAAUCCGCCGUUGCGUGUGGGCGAUCAAGUCCUGCGCGUCGUUACCAAUGGCGAACGUCGACUCACUUCAGACAUCUUAAGAUACAUCGAUCCAGAUGUGGAUACUAGCCCGGCUAGCAUUGUUUAUUCGCCACGUGGAGUAUCGAAUGGAGCAUUCUACCUAACGGACAGACCUGACAUUCAAGUUUUCCAAUUCAGCCAGGAUGAUGUCAACGAAGGGAAAAUCCUCUUCCGCCAUGCUGGAAGCCCAUACGGCCGCACGACGCUGUGGAUAACGGAUAAUCAGUAUCACGUUACCGGAACGCUGGAAGUUCAGGCGUCUGAGCCUUUUCUUGAACGAGUUAACCAAACAAGAUUGAUGGUUCGUCGUGGUUAUUUUGCCGCUCUGAGCAUCGAUCAACUUGGCAUGGUGUCUAACCUUGAUUACGACUCCAACGAGCUGGCCUUUUACUUGCUGGAUCAGCCACAGCACGGCUCAGUGCAGGUGAACGGCUCUUCCAUUUUGAAGAUGGAAUCUUUCACACAAGAAGAACUUCUUUCGGAGAAAGUCACAUAUCAAAGCAAGAAUCAGACGGAAGGGAAAGAUUGGUUUAAAUUACGUGCUGUCCUCAGAAGAGUCGAAUACGAAUGCAUCGUCGAAGUUCGAAUUUAUCCAGAAAGUUACUGGCAAACGUUGAAGGUCCUUCACAAUGAACUGGUCACCGUGGAAGAAGGCACAAGUUUCACAAUCGACGCGUCUUCGUUGAAAAUUAGUCAUCCCCAAGGCGUGAAUAGACAAGACGUGACUUACAUCGUUCAUCAGCCACCGUUGCACGGCUAUUUGGAGGUGGAUCGAGAUGAAAACGAGUACGAGGAUCUAGUGACUGGCCGUAGUGCUAAUUUGCUCCCACCUGAAGUGCAUGUUUUUGAUCAGAGCGCUAUCGAUGAGCAGCGUUUGCACUACAUCCAAUCUGGUGCUAAUCAAAGCUCCGACCACUUUGUUUUCGAUGUAACAAACGGUGUCGUUACGUUGACCAAUCUGACUUUUCAAUUGGCGAUUAUCCCGAAAUCCAUCUACCUUCUCACUCGACCUAUCGAGGUUCUCGAAGGCGGACACGCCGUUCUGACCGUCUCCGACCUCAAAAUUGUGACACGCUACUACGCAGACAAGGUCGACGCUUUCUUAGUCACCAAACUGCCCAUCCACGGCAAUCUUCAACUGAAGAGCGCUGCAACCCAUGAUGAGCCAUUGACUCGGUUUACUUAUUCGCAAUUAAUCGAAAAACAAGUUCUGUAUUGGCACGAUGGAAGCGAAGAGGCCAACGAUACUCUUGACAUUGUUGCUUUAGCCGGCAAAAAGGAAAGCUUACCGGCCACGAUUCAUAUCCAGGUGCGUCCGGUUGACGACGAGAGACCGAUCCUCGUUAAUAACACGGGCAUCUUGGUUUGGCAAGGUUCUACCACUGUGUUGGAUAAAGCUCAACUCGGCGCUUCUGAUGUUGAUACUCUGCCGCAAUCGAUUGAAUUUUCAUUCGGCCAAGCUGAUUGCGGCUACAUGACGUCUGGUUCAAAUCUGACUGAUCCAGUUACGACGUUCACUCAACAACAGAUUGACUUACAUCAAAUUGCAUUUGUCCAUCAAGGAAAGACCAAUUGCACGGUGCCCUUUAAUCUGACGGACGGUCAGUCGGCAAUGCCCAGUCAACACCAUUUGCAGAUCAGUGCCCGUAAAAUGCAAGUGCGCUUGGUGCGCAACCAGCGGCUCCACGUAUUCCCCAUGAUGCAACAGUCAAUUACAUCCGCCCAGUUACUUGCCGUGACGAGUGGUGACAUAUUGACCAAUCGUCAGCAAAACGUGCCUCGAUUCCAGGUAUCAAGACCACCUCGUCUCGGACGACUCCUCCUCGAACAGGCAGACGGAUCCACUAAGAGAAUCACCAGUUUUACUCAACGCGAUCUCAAUCAAAGUCUCGUUAUCUACGAGCAUACAGAGCCUUUCGCCGAUGUCAGCGUUAACGACAGUUUCGUCAUCGACAUCAUGUCCGACCUCAGCUCACCGCUCCAGCAGCAACAGUUCAACAUUGAAAUUUCUGUUGCUACAAUGGCUGAAGGUGGACUGGACAGAUACUUAGGUUUGGUAGCCCUUGAAACGGAAGAAGGUGGGACGGCAGUGAUACGCGAAAAGAACCUGAACUUGAGCGGCAUUGUCCAGCUGAUUAGCAGUUACCAGGGUGUGCUGGCAACCCAGCCGCCCAGAUUACGGUUAGUGUUAUCGCAGGCGCCGCAGCACGGAUUCGUGUCCGUCGGUGGGCGAAGAGUGGACUAUGGCAGCGAGAUGACCGCUGGGGAAAUUGCAGCUGGCCGAGUGGAAUAUCAGCACGAUCAUUCGGAUACUCUCGAGGAUUGGAUCGGGCUUACCGUCUUUUUGCAAAGGCCGGAAAGGGGAUCCGAUCGGCCGGAUAUUCUCCUCUACAACGGAACGCUACGCGUCAACAUCUUGCCCGUCAACGAUCAAAUAUUUCACCUGUUGACCAAAGCUCCAGCCAUGACAGUAGUAGAGCGUCAAUGGAGAGCGAUCACGGCUGAGGUUUUGCUAACAGAAGACGCUGAUACUUCUGCCAAGGACUUGAUUUACGACGUUAUUCAACCCCCACAAUAUGGUAAACUGGCUCUAACGGCGGAGAAUGCAACGACUUCGAUCAUUGCUGGAGCUACGACUGGACCGCCAUUGCUGCGUUUCAGCCAAGACGAUGUUAACCGAGGACGGGUAGUCUUCCUUCACGACGGAACAAUGGAUCCUCGUUCAACAUUUUUCAUUUUCCGUGUGUCUGACGGCCAUUUUAAAGCGGAUAGUGGUGUUUUUAGCAUCCACUUUGAGCCUCUGACGCUCCGUUUUGCCAAUCACUCCAUCAUAGGUAUCCUGCAAGGUCAGUCCACAGCAGUCAUUGUUAAUUCUUCAAUGGGUGCAGAAUCUAACGGCCAGCGUCGUCACAUAUUUUACAACGUGACGAAAGAGCCGGAAAAUGGGAAACUUUAUAUCAAUGACUUUCCAGUCACAACGUUUGGUCAAUCAAACAUUGAUAAAGAGGAAUUGCUCUACGUCCAGACGAACAUGACGGCUUCGUUUGAUUUCUUUCAAGUUACCGUUUGGAAUAUGGCUGUUGUUUUAGAAAGGCAAUUGUUUAAUGUGAGCGUUAUCCCGCUUUUGGCUAACAAUCCAAGCGGACUUAAGCGAUCCAUUCGAGCUAUCGCUGGAGAAAAAACAGCUAUCACUUUGGCCAUGCUAGACGCUGGACGGCUGGCCACAUUGACCAACAGCAACCCGACUUUCACCAUUAUCCGCAAACCCCGCUACGGUAAAAUUCGUAAGAUUGUCCCAUCGUCCAGCAGCGGAAUCAACCGACUGGUUAAACGCCAAUCGGGCAACGGCAACAAAGAGAAGGACACUUAUGUCUUCAGUCACGAAGAUGUUCAAAGUCAAUUCAUCUUUUAUGUGGCACGCAAAAUGGAUAACUUGAACGACACACAUUUAAUGGACAGCUGUGAAUAUCGAUUGACAGCGCCCAAUGUCCAGCCGGCUAUCGGAGUCAUAGAAUUUCUGCUGUUACCUAGUGGAUCAGCUGGUUCUACUUUGGUGGCAGCUAGUAAAAAUAGCAUCGAUGCAAUCCAGGGCCAAACUCCAAAUCACAAUUUUGCUAACCCGCGACAUACAAAUUCUCCCGACAUUGUCACAGAAAACACGUUAGCGGGACUCGGUCUAGGCGUCAUGACCAAUGAUAUUUUUCUGAUUGUUGGUAUUGUCUGUGGUAUCUUGGGACUUGGCUUAGUAAUCCUCAUCACCAUCAAGUGUCGCAUGAAGCCACCAAUGCACAAACAUCCCAAAAAUGAACAAAAUAAUCCGACAGCUGGAGAUAUGCAGCUUUAUCGCUUGUCUGGAACUCUGAAGAAUGGACACCAAAAGGGUGGUGCCUCGGAUUUUCAAGUGACGGACGCCUAUCGAAUCCCAGCCAACAUGCAUCACCAUCCUCGCGAUUUUGCUGAUACAGAUAGCGAUCCUGAGCCACCCCCACCACCAAGACUUGAUUAUCUGGAUCCUCCAUUGUCACCGCGUCCAUCAAGAGCCCUGCGUGGCAUCGGUGCGAGUCCCAUAAGCGCUUCCAGUACCAUCAGUUCCCUGAACGGCCGACCCCGAGGCUCUUGGCAUCAGCCACAACAGCAUGAUUUGGCAUCCGGCUCAACCAUGGGUCCGUCCGUACCUCAAUGCAAGAUUAUUCCUUUGCUUAAUCCCCUGCUAUCGGAGCGCUCCGAGUCCGAGACGUCGGAACUAGUCAACGCCCGUUAUCCGUACGGUAUUGCCGAUGAAAGUAUGGAGGAGUGGGCCAUGUUGGAUCCUGACGUCCAUUGUGGCAACUCUACCUACUCCUCCCGCACCACAAACCCAAUGUUAAGGAAAAAUCAGUAUUGGGUUUGAUUUGACGAGCUUGUGCAGCCUAUAUUGCACUUAACAGCAUUAACCUAGUGUUCCCUGAAAACAAAAGAAUCCAUUCACAAAUAUUAUAUAUGCCCCUUUUUUACCCAACAACCGUACGUUUAAUGUAUUCACAUUAAAAAGAUUAGCUCACCAUUUGGCAGAACGGAAUGGGCAAAAAUUUAUGUUUGUUUUUAUACUUGUACAGUGUUUUAUGUUUAUUAGGUUUUGAAUUUUCAAUUAUAAUAAUAGACGGCAAAGAAAGACGGAGACGUAUGAGCUUCUGGGUGAUGUCCAGUAAUUUAUGCCGUUCAUAAACCACUAUAUACUGAAUCGCAAAGUACUCAGUACAGUGACUACUUUCGAUAGGUAGCAUUCUACUGUAAAAGCCAAAUGGAACUAUAAUACACAAUGAAAUUGUCA